AUGGCUCCUCUUCCCCAUGCUCCGGCGGCGAAGGAGACCACGGACGGGAGGCCGCCGCUGCCGAUAGGUGACUGCCUCAUCUCGUCGGCGCUCCGGCACAUUCCCAUGCCCUCCUCCGCCGCUCGCCGGCGGCCGGCAAAGCCGCCGCUCGCCGCCCUCGUGGGGGAGCUCUGGGGCUUACACGCCGCCAUGGCCGCCGCCUUGGAGCGGAGCUGCCGGGCGGUGGCCGCGGCUGUCGUCGGCGACGGCCUCCUCGCUACUGUCCUCCGCAUUCCGGCCGAAUUCCAGCGCUUCUGCCAGGUAAAACCCUCCUCCUCCUCCUCCUCCUCCGGGCAGAGCCUGAUCUCACUUCGUUUUCAGGUGAACUGCAGGAGCUCCGCCUCCCCGAGUUCCCUCUCGGCGCAGGGCUUCGCCGCCGUGCUGCCGGGGGACUCGGUAGCGGGCCUCGUGGUAGCCAACGGCAUCACAAACUUCUUGAACAUCUACAACACCCUGCUCGUGGUCCGGCUGGUGCUGACCUGGUUCCCCAACGCUCCUCCGGCCGUGGUCGCCCCUCUCAGGUACGCCGCCGCCGCUGCCGCUGCCCAGCCGCCACCGGUGGCUCCGAUCGCUGAAGAUUGAAUUUUGGUGCAGCACUCUCUGCGAUCCCUACCUGAACAUCUUCCGAGGGAUCAUCCCGCCGGUAGGGGGGCUGGAUCUUUCGCCGAUUCUGGCCUUCCUGGUGCUGAACGCCUUCCAGAGCACGGCGGCCGCGCUACCUGUUGAGCUGCCCUCCGCCGGUGGCGUCUCCUGUUCUGCGGCGGCGGCGCCGCCGAUGAGCCUCACGACGAUGCAGGAGAAGUGGGUGAGGAGGAUCUGCCGGAGGAGAGCUAAGAGUGAUGGCGCUGGCGAGCAGGCCACAGGCCAGGACUGA